CGGGAGACGACAACGUGCGGCUUAUGACAGGUGCAGUGGGGACCUUUAUUCAUACUGACAAACUUGGCAAAUGCGCUCUGCCAAAUUUUUGAUCCCCAGCUUGCCCUUUCAGCAAAUUCCAGCUUUGAAAAAAAAAUUAUAAACCCUUUUCAACCAACCAUUGGAUGAGCGUAUAACAUGACGGUACCUGUCAUAGCCGAUGGAGGGCCAACAACCCCUUCUGCGAAGGCUGCACGCCAGACAAUAACUCAAGUCGCUGCGGAUUUCAAUACCGACGUUGAAAAUGGCCUUCAGCAAUCUCAAAUCCAGUCGUUACUAGGUCUUCAUGGACCUAACGAUUUUGAACAAAAGGAGGAGGAGUCGUUGCUCAUCAAGUUUUAUAAAUCCUUUUCCGAAAACCCGUUGAUAUUGCUGUUGCUAGGAUCGGCAGUUGUAUCGCUUCUCAUGCGCCAGAUGGACGACGCCAUCAGUAUCACUUUGGCUAUUGUUAUUGUGGUGACAGUGGCGUUUGUUCAGGAGUACCGAUCCGAGAAAUCACUGGAAGCACUCAACAAGCUUGUUCCUCAUUAUUGCCACUUGCUCAGAGAUGGCCAUCUGAGUGCUGUACUUGCAAAUCAGCUCGUUCCUGGUGAUAUUGUCCGUUUUAGUGUUGGUGAUCGUAUACCCGCGGACAUUCGUCUAUUGACAGCUGUGGAUUUGGAAAUUGAUGAAUCAAAUUUGACUGGUGAAACAAACCCCAGACGCAAGCACUGUGAGCCUAUCACCGCCAACAGCUUUGCUGAACUUGCUCUAUCUGAACGUGACAAUAUUGGUUUUAUGGGUACCUUAGUACGAAAUGGUCACGGAACUGGUAUUGUCGUUGGCACGGGAAAAGACACGGAAUUCGGCAAGGUUUUCGAGAUGAUGCAAGAGGUGGAAGACCGCAAAACCCCUCUCCAGCUUAGUAUGAACGAACUCGGCAAGCAAUUGUCAUAUCUCUCCUUCGGUAUUAUCGGUGUCAUUGUCGUCAUUGGUUUGGUGCAAGGCAUGCCGUGGCUUGAAAUGUUUACUAUUGGUGUGAGCUUAGCUGUGGCCGCCAUUCCGGAAGGUUUACCUAUUGUGGUUACUGUCACUCUGGCUUUAGGUGUGUUACGCAUGGCGAAUAGAAAGGCUAUUGUCAAGCAGCUUCCUUCUGUUGAAACUUUAGGAUCGGUCAAUGUUGUCUGUGCUGAUAAGACUGGCACCUUGACCGUCAACCAGAUGACCGUGACCAAAAUUUUCACCUUGCACGAUCAGCAGAUAUUCGACUAUGAGCAUACGAUACCCACAACUGGAAGUGAAGCUUUAAGUCGUACACUUCGCAUCGGUAACCUUUGUAACAAUUCCUGGAUCGAUGAACAUGGAAAAUAUGCUGGACAACCCACCGAUAUCGCCCUUUUGGAUGUGGUGAUCAGAAGCGGUCUCUUAGAUGAGCGUCCGACCUUCACAAGAGUUUCCGAAGUAGCAUUCAACUCGGAUCAAAAGUUCAUGAGUGUAACAUGCUCUACACCUGACGGUAGCUCGAAUUCAGUUUACCUUAAGGGAGCGUUCGAGCCUGUGAUGGAACGAUGUACCACCUAUUAUGCAUCAGAGAACAACCGACCAGCGCUCACACCGACACUGAAAGACACUAUCCAACGCCAUAUCGCUGCCAUGAGCUCUCAUGGACUUCGUGUACUUUGCAUGGCCUAUGGACCUCGUGAAGAUUCUCUUUGCUUUACUGGAUUCGUGGCUGUUUACGAUCCCCCACGCAUGGGUGUCGGUGAAGCUAUCAAGGAUCUUGUUCAAGGUGGCGUCAAAGUGGUUAUGAUUACUGGUGAUUCGGACGGAACUGCACUAUCUAUUGCUCGAAAGCUUGGAAUUCCUAUGAACCCGACAAGAAGUUGCUUGACUGGUCAAGAUAUUGAACGAAUGAGCGAAAGACAGCUUCAGGAUGUCAUUGGCGGUAUCUCUGUAUUUGCGCGCACAACUCCUCGGCAUAAGCUUGCCAUUGUUAAGGCAUUCCAAUCCAAAGGUGGUGUUGUAGCCAUGACUGGAGAUGGUGUGAACGAUGCUCCAGCCCUGAAAAUGGCUGAUAUUGGUAUUUCCAUGGGCAAGAGUGGCACUGAUGUUUCCAAGGAAGCAGCUGACAUGAUUUUGGUGGAUGACGACUUUUCAACCAUUUUGAGUGCUGUGGAAGAAGGCAAAUCUAUCUUCUACAACAUCCAAAACUUUUUGACAUUCCAGCUAUCUACCAGUAUUUCUGCUCUAUCCUUGAUCGCCCUCAGUACAUUGUUCGGUUACCCUACACCUUUGAAUGCUAUGCAGAUUCUCUGGAUUAACAUUAUUAUGGAUGGCCCUCCUGCGCAAUCUCUAGGUGUAGAGCCUGUCGAUCAUGAUGUUAUGAAAAAACCUCCUCGGUCUCGUAGUGCACAUAUUUUGACUCGAAGACUUGUCAUUCGAGUUCUGACGGCAGCCCUCAUCGUCGUCUUGGGUACUGUUUUCAUAUACACCUCGGAAAUGGCAGACGGUCAAGUUACCGCAAGAGACAGAACCAUGACUUUUACCACAUUUGUCUUCUUUGACAUGUUCAACGCUUUGGCUUGUCGAUCGGAAAAGAAGUCUAUCUUCACGCUUGGCCUCUUUUCUAAUCAAAUGUUCAAUCUUGCAGUUGGUGGCUCGGUGGUCGGUCAACUAUGUGUUAUCUAUGUUCCCUUCUUCCAGUCGAUUUUCCAAACAGAAGCCAUCUCGCUAUGGGACCUACUGAAAAUCACCCUUUUGGCCAGUUCGGUUUUCUGGUCAGAUGAAAUCCGAAAAUAUUUGGCUAGAGAAAACAUAGUGCUGAAGAAAUCUGGCCGCACUGGACUCAAGUUUCAAAGACAAUACAGUAGAGAAAUAGACGGACCAAUCAACUCGGUCUGAUAAAUCGGUGCAUUUAUAAAGCAUGCUGUUUGACCUGGAUACAAUUCAGUUAUAUAUGGACGGCUGAUCGCCAUAUUUUGCCCUCCCCUUUUCAUGGUCCUUUUUUUUUUGCUACCCAUCAGCGUACUCAAGACGGUAAUAAAAAACUCAUUUCAUUUCGCAAUAGCAA